AUGACAGAGUUACCUAGUGUUUUUCCAAAUACAACAACCCCGAGAAGACAGGACAAAUCAAAAUCCUUGGACUCGCUUCUGGAGGAGUCUCCGAAUGGCUCAGAUUCUUCCUCAUCUCCUGGAGCGAGCAGUUGCAGUAGUGAGGAAUCUGCUUCUCCUUCCUCAAAACUUUCUCCAAUUAUUAUUGACCUGACAAGUUGUAAAUACAAUGUGGUGAGAGAAGCAGCCUUAGCGAAUGGUUGGAAAAUUCGAAAACCAACCAGCAAUGCAAAAGAUUUUACUGUUUUUUGGAUGGAUCAGUCGAGUGCUCCAGACAGAAUCAUGAAAUUGAGAACGUUCCAAAAGAUCAAUCACUUCCCAGCCAUGGGAGGAAUAUGUCGAAAAAUUCCCUUAGCACGCAACAUGAAACGACUUCGAAAAGCAUUUCCUGAAGACUUUUCUUUUCUUCCCCACACAUGGGUAUUGCCUCAAGAAUACUUUAAAUUCAAAAAUAGCAAGAAAAUUAUUGGAAAAACGUACAUUAUAAAACCAACUGCAGGUUGUCAAGGAAAGGGCAUUGUGUUAACACAAGACCCAACCGAUGCCGAAAGAUACGGAGAUUGUGUGGUACAGCUCUAUGUCGAUAGACCCUUUCUAAUUGAUGGAUAUAAGUUCGAUUUGAGGGUGUACGCUCUCGUCCUCAGUGUGGAUCCUCUCAAAAUCUUCAUGUACAAGGAAGGACUCGUUCGUAUUUGCACCGAAAAAUAUAAGGCACCCUCUAGCUUAAAUAUCAAAACAGAUUGCAUGCAUCUGACCAAUUACAGUGUCAACAAGAAGAGUGACUGCUUUGAAUAUGAUCCAAACAAUUUUUCCGUUGGCAGUAAGAGAGAUUUCAACUUUUUAAACAAGUACCUCGAGUCACAAGGCCAUAGUCCAGACAAAGUUUGGGACAGCAUUGCAGACAUCAUUAUCAAGACCGUUCUCACCAUUUAUCCACAAUUGCUGCAUCAGUAUAGAACAUCUCUCACACCCAAACACGGUGACUUUGUGUGUUUUGAAAUUCUCGGUUUUGAUAUUUUGCUUGAUGAAACUAUCAAACCGUGGCUCUUGGAAGUGAAUCAUUCUCCCUCAUUCAAUACGGACACUCCUCUGGACAAACACGUCAAGUUAAAUCUACUCACAGAAACCAUGAAAAUGUUAGCGAUCAAUCCCAAUGAGAGGAUUAUUGGGAUGAAGAUUGAAAAAGCCAUGUCUCGAGAGAGAAUUACAGGUCAUUACAGCAAUGAUGUUGAGAAGAUUGUUGAAAAUAUGCCCUCACGAGAGGAAAUCAUCGCUACUCAUACCAGAAUUGAAGAUGAGGUCAUGUCAAAAGGAAAGUACAAGCGAAUAUAUCCAACCUCAACCACCACAGCCCUGUACUCCAAAUUCAUUGAGAAGGCAAGUCAAGAAUUCACCUCUGCCCAAUCCCAUUUCAUGACAAGUUCAGCACUCAACAAACAAGUUUCACUCAGUAAUGUUUCAAAUAAUAUUAAUUCGAAUCAUCCUCACUCACGUAUUACUCAUGAUAGAUCCAAGUCGGCGUCUGAAGUUGAAGGAAGAGGAAGAGCAAGAUCUAACUCCUCGAGCAGUACAAGAGCAAGUGACAAGCAACAAAUCAGAGGAACUACAAAACUUCCCUUAAUACGAGCCAAAUCAGGAAGCAAGAUUCCUCCAAAAUCAGCCUCUGAACAAUCCAGUCGAUGGUUAGAGAAGCGGAAAAGUGCCCAAAAUAGGCCUAGCUACAAAAUUUCAACCAAAACUCUAAACUUUCCAUCCGUGUUUGAUCAGGUGUUCUUCCCUGAAGAUCGUUGUGACGAAACAGAACAUAACCAUUUGAUUGAUGAAGAGGAGGCAAAAGUGUUGGAACUCUUGGCUGAAUCUAAUAAUCUUCGAAAGAAAUUUCAAAUACUCACCAGUGUCAAUAAACAUUGGAGCCCGUAA